CUUUACUGACCCACUUCUUCAAUGAAAUAAACCGCUGACUCGUCUUCAAAUCCAAUCGAAACUGCAACUUACGCACAUAUAUACCUUCCAUUCACAAUUUCUGACCACAAUCGAAUAUGUUUAUAAAACAACAGCUCUCGGUGAUUAUCAUUCUAAGUUACUUGUUCUGGACAGAAGCAUGGAACUUAAGCCAAUUAAAUCUUAACGCAAACGACUAUGUCAUUACUGAUGUGUCCAACUAUUAUAUCAGAUCGUUCCUGUGUAUCAAAAGUCGCAAUGACUCUGUUAAACUGCCAACACUGAUCGAAACUAUCUGGCCGGAGAACUUACUCCUUAUACCGCCAAAAAUAUUCCCGAGUGAUUUAAGCCAUACCAAGAGUCUUACAGACUGUAAUGGAAUUAUUCAAGCUGUUGGAACUGCUGUGGACAGAACGGGUUUCCUUUGGGUUAUCGAUAGUGGAUCGAAAUAUUGUCGACCCAAACUGUUGGUGUUUGAUUUGAAGAAAAACGAAGAGAUUCAUCGUCACCAAUUCAACAUACGACGGCAUGCAUUCACUUCAAUAAAAAUUGGCCCGUCUAAUGGGUUCGACUGUGCAGGGCGGCCCAAUGUACAAGCAUUCAUUACACUCGAUUCCGCUGAUUAUCUAAUCGUCUACUCGUUGUAUGAAAGUAGAUGGUGGAAGCUUCAAUUAAUAACACCUGACAACAUAAUCGUCCAACCCAAAGACAUUGCAAUUCUUAAAAAUGAGCUCUUUGUGUCGGAUGAAUGUGGACAUCUAUGGACAGCUAAGUUGGACGUAUUGAAUCGGGUCAAAUACCCGCAUUAUUACGCGAUUAGAGUUCAAUUCAUUGCCGAUUUACUUGGUCCAUCCACUCAACUAGCUAUUGAUCCGAACGGAGCACUCUACUACUAUUUGCCCAGUGACGGAGCUCUUCUACGAUGGAAUUCAAAGAAGCCGCUGAACGCUGAAAACCAUGACGUUCUCGAUUUGUCACCGACGAAAGUGGUCGACAUUAUUUUCGGAGCCAGGGGAUCGGUGUGGAUUGUCAAAGAAUCUUCAGACUAUGUGGACGACCAUUGCAAGCGAAUCUUGUUGCACUAUUGAAACUACGAAUUUAACUUAGACGAAAAAUGUACUCCAGCAGUCUUUUAAGGCACUCAAUUUACAAAAUUAAAUUCACACAUCCAUGAGCUUACAGGCCAGACGUUACCAGGA